UCUGACAAUAAUAAUUUCUUAUGCGAAUGAAAAACAUAUUGUUAAUUUUAUAAAAACAUUGUCGUGUAAAGUUUAUUAUGUGACUGCAAAAAUAAAAGACUUCUGACACACAAAGCAAUACUCAUAUAUAAAGGAGAAAUAAUAUUGUGCAUUCACUAUUAUAGUAUAUAUCUCCAGUUGCACGAACACAGGUCUACGAUGCAUUCCCUUUUGGUAAUGCAAUUAGUUUUAGCAUUUUGUUACUUCGUAAUCGUCACUGCCGCUCCACCUGUUACUACAAAAUGUGAAGGUAAAGACAAGAAAUGCCUGAAGGAGUCUGCCCAAACUCUACUGCCUAUAUUUGCAUUGGGGAUACCAGAAUACAAAACACAUAGCUUAGACCCACUAUCGCUCGACAAAGUUGAUGCUGAUAACUCAAAUUUGAAAUUUCAAUUAACUAACCUAAAAGUUACCGGCUUGAAAGAUUGUGAGGUAAAGCAGUUAGAACGUGACUUGGAGAAGUCCAAAAUUUUUGUAAACGUGUUAUGCAGUGUUGGUUUAGAUGGUCAUUAUGACAUGAAGGGUCGAAUUCUUAUCUUGCCCAUAGAAGGUAAUGGCAAGGUCGAGGCUAAUAUCAAAAAUAUUCUUAUCAAAGUAGAUGUGAAUGUAUCAGAGACACAAAAAGGUACACACAAGUACUGGCACAUUGAGAGCUGGAAUCACAGUUUUGAACCAAAAGGAAAAUCAAGUAUAAAAUUUGAAAACUUAUUCAACGGGAACAAAGCUUUAGGACAAGCAGCAGAAGACGCAAUGAAGGGAAAUGGCAAUGAAAUCAUCAAAGAAAUUGGACCACCAGUUAUUAAAUCAAUUACUGCCAAAGUAGUUGAAUCUGUGCAAAGAUUCUUCCAUGCUGUGCCUCUCAAUGAUUUGGUUUUGGAAUAAU